AUCACGUAACCUCACACGUUCGUCAAUUCAUUGCACGUGUUUUUAAACUGCGUGCUUGUUUUGUGUGAUAAUCAUCAAUUUAAUAAUUAAAUAAGUGCAAAACACGCAGUAAAACAAUGGGAAAUCGCAAAAAGAAGUAUGCGACUGGCGAGGGCGCACAAUUCAUAAGCCGUCGCGCUGCCCUCAGAAAACUUCAACUCUCCUUGAAUAACUUCCGACGACUAUGCAUCAUCAAAGGAAUUUACCCACGCGAGCCCAGGAACCGCAAGCGUGCGCAAAAAGGCUCCACUGCAAUCCAAACUUUAUACCACAUCAAAGACAUCCAGUUUCUGAUGCACGAACCAAUCAUCUGGAAAUUCCGCGAUUAUAAAAUCUUCAACAGGAAAAUCAGCAGAGCCAGAAGCAUCAAGGACUUUGAAACAAUGAAGAGAUAUCUGAGCAAUCAUCCAACAAUCAAGCUGGAUCACAUUGUCAAAGAAAGAUAUCCCACAUUUAUAGAUGCCAUCCAAGAUUUAGAUGAUUGUUUGACUCUGUGCUUCUUAUUCAGCACUUUCCCAUCAUUGGCACAUGUGCCAAGAGAUCAGAGUGACAUGUGUAGAAGACUCACAAUUGAAUUCUUGCAUUAUGUGAUUGAAGCGAAAGCUUUAAGGAAAGUUUUUGUUUCAAUCAAGGGAUAUUACUAUCAGGCUGAGAUUAAGGGUCAGACUGUCACUUGGAUUGUCCCACAUCACUUCUCUUUUGAACCCCAACACAAAUCUGAUGUGGAUUUUAAAGUAAUGUCUACUUUCGUUGAGUUUUACGUUGUACUUCUUGGUUUUGUCAAUUUCCGCCUGUAUCACACUUUAAACUUGUACUAUCCGCCGAAAUUCAAUGCUAUUGAACAAGGAAGUUCGGAAAAAUCCCUAGUAGAUGAAGAUGUGUUUGUUGCAGAGAGAGUAGCUGCUCUUAACUGCGGAAUAAGUAAAACAAGCACUGGGGAAGCAGAAGAAGAAAUUGAGAUUGACAAUUUUUCAAAUGAAGAUGAUCCGGAAAAACUAGAAGAACUCCGAAAAGAAGCAGAUUCUAUAAGAAAUUUAAAAACAUUAUUCAAAGGAUUAAAGUUUUACUUGAAUAGAGAAGUGCCUAGGGAACCAUUAGUCUUCUUGAUAAGGUGUUUCGGCGGAGAAGUAUCAUGGGAUAAGAGUUUAUUCGUCGGGAGUACAUUUGAAGAAACAGACGAGACGAUAACACAUCAGAUUGUCGACAGACCGUCAAUGGACAAACAAUACAUAAGCAGAUAUUAUGUUCAACCACAAUGGUUGUUUGAUUCGGUGAAUGCCCGGCAAUUAUUACCAGUGAAUAAAUAUUUCAUUGGAGCUGUGCUGCCACCACAUUUAUCACCAUUUGUUGAUAAAGACAGAGAUCAGAGUUACAUUCCUCCGGAAGAGAAAGCUUUGUAUGAUCCUGCUCUUCUAGAAGAAAUGCACAAACAAGAUCAGGGCGAAAAUGAGUCGGAAGAUGAAGAAAACACUGAAAAAAUUGAUGAAGGUAUUGAUGACGACAAUGAAGACGAUGAUGAUGAUGAUGAAGAACAAGAAGAGGAAGAUGUAAAACCACACAAAAAGAAACUAAGCGUUAAGGCAGGUGAAGUCGUCAAAGAAGUUCCAUGGGCAAAGAAACUCCAAGAAAAAGAUGAAUUCAAGUUACGCGAGAAAAUGAUUAAAGGUAAACAUCGCAAACUAUACAAGAGCAUGAUGCGAGGUAAACAAGACCGCGCUAAAGAAGCAUGGUUGCUCAAAAAGAAACGUAAACUUCAUGAUGAAAUGCAAAAAGCUGAGAAGAAGACUAAAAAAGCCACGAAAUCUACAAGCUAGGCGAGUAACUCGGAUGAUAAAUCUGUAUUUUUAAAUAAAAUACAAAACUAUUCAUUAAAUAUACAAAUAUUAAAAUAUUGUCAAAGAA